ACCAAUCCCCACUCCCACACUACCGCGCCUACGAAUCACCAUCACCACAUCGUCACGCCCAAAUCUCUUCCCACUUGAAGUCCCGAGGCCUCCCCGAACCCUACCGAAAAUGCGCACCCUCCUCCACAAACACGCCCUCAUAACCGGCGGCGGCAGCGGCAUCGGUCUCGCCAUCGCCCGCCGCCUCCACAUCGAAGGCUGCUCCGUCACCCUUUUGGGCAGAACCGAAUCAACCCUCCGCCACGCCCAAUCUUUACUCCUCUCCCAGUCUUCCCAACCAACACCCUCCUCCCCAGCCUCUUCCACCAGCACCAGCAGCUCCCCAUCCCCAUCCAAAACCCAACCAGACGCCUCAACCCCCCCGCCGGAUGGCGACAAAAGGGUAUCCUACCACCCCUUAAACGUAACAAGCGCAGAGUCUUGGGAGGGGUUAUUGAAGAGUUGCGGGAGGGUAGACAUCCUGAUCAACUGCGCCGGAAUCACGCAGCGCUCGCCGUUGAUGAAGACCGCGGUGGAGGAAGUGGAGGAGUUGGUGGGCACGAAUCUGACGGGGACGGUGUUGGGGUGUAAAUUCGUUGGGAGGGCUAUGUUGCGGAAUCGCAAUCGCAGUAGUACAAGUAAACCGAAAGCGGAGGGGCCUACGGAAGCGGUUCAAGAAGGGUCAAAGGGAGAGGCGCAAGAGGUGCAAGAGGGAGUUCAAGAGGGGGUAGCUGAACGGGGCGUAAUCGUCAACGUGGCAAGUCUACUCGCGCAAAAGGGGGUGGUGGGAACGAGUGUUUAUGCGGCUGCUAAGGCUGGGGUUGUUGGCUUAACAACCUCCCUCGCAAACGAGUACGGCAGAUCCGGGAUAAGAGUCAACGCCGUUCUGCCGGGGUAUGUCGAGACGGACAUGACUACUGGUCUCAAAAACCCUUCGAUCCUCCAACAAAUCCCCUUAGGUCGUUUCGGAACAACAGAUGAAGUCGCCGACGCCGCCCUCUUCCUCAUCAAGAAUCCGUAUGCAAACAAUUGCGUACUCAAUCUCGACGGUGGGUUAAGUUCUGUCUAAAACGACGCACCGCUUCCCGUGGGUAUCCGUGGUGAUCAAGCGGCUAGUAUAGCAAGAAUAGCAAGCUUUGUAGUAGUAUAU